AUGCCCAUGUCUCUCACACAUCUCCCAGCUGAGCUGAUCCACAUAAUCGUCAAGUUUCUCAGAGAAGCACGUUACCUCAAUUCUUUGGCGCAAACAUGUUCGGGGCUACAUCUGUUAUUAAACCCCAUUCUCUAUCAAAACAGCAAUCGCUUAUUACACGGGUACCCCCUUGUAUGGGCAGCAAAGCAUAGCUCUGAGUUGACCAUCCAUCGAGCACUUGAUGCUGGAGCCUCCACAUACUCCUGUCAUUACAACUUCAGACGAUCGCUCGUCGCGGCAGUGGACAACAGCAGUGAGACGAUAGUGCGCCUGAUACUGGAACAAAACACAGAGCCUGGUAUAUUCAUCCAGAAUCAGAGCUGCGGCCAGUGUGAGGAUCAGAGACCCGAGACCGCCUCAAAAGUCCUACAUCCAUUAUAUCUGGCGGCAGUGCGUGGCAACGUGGCGAUUGUCAAGCUCUUGAUUGCCCAUAACGUCACUUUCGAACAUGACCACGACUGCUGCGGUGAAACAUGCUUCGAUCUUGUAUUUGCAGCAGUAGAAAAUGGUCAUCUAGCCGUUGUGAAAGUCCUCAUCGAGGCUGGCUACGCAUUGAACGACGCAGACAGCGUAUACUGGCAUAAGCAACCACUCCAUGCUGCGGUCCUUCAGGGUAAUACCGAAUUGGUUCAAUAUUUGCUGGAUGGAGGGGCCAAGCCCUCGCCUCAAGAGGAGCCGCCUAUCAUGUCUGCCGCCAAAAACGGGGACCUGGAAAUGGUCAAAUUGCUUCUGGAACGGGGAGCAGAUCCCAACAAAAGAUUCUGUGGUUCAAUGGCCCUCUCAUGUGCGGCUGGCCAUGGCCAUGUGGAGAUUGUGGAAGUGCUCUUAGACCACGGAGCAGAUCCCGAUCCUGAUAUGGUUCAAGGUUGGCUGAGUACACUCUACCAUGUAGCUAUACACGGUCAACUGACAAUCCUUAAUCUUCUGUUGGCGCGAGGAUUGGACAUAUACCCCAAGGAACCGACGAAGAAACGCGCCUUGUUAUCAUCGGUAAUCGGAGACCCAAAUUGGAGAUUAGUUGAGAGGCAGAAAAAGGCUGUUUUCGCUGAGUUUUUUCGAACCUUCGCCGACUUUGAGGAUAUGAUAAAUGACAAGGAUGAAGAAGCACAAGCCGAGGUUCUUUAUAUAGCCAUUGGCUAUGGAUGGGAUGAUAUUGUGAAGCGUGUUCUGGAGCAUGGCUUUUCUGCAGAUGGAGUCUAUCGUCGCUGUGAGACACGGUACGAGAGGCCGAUACUCCAAGCCAUCGACAAUGGCCAUAUUGAAACCACCAAACUUCUGGUCGAGCAUGGCGCCAAUAUACAAGAGUACCAGGGAGAGAUCACGGCCCUUGUCGAGCAUGGUGCCAAUACACAGGAAUACGACGGCGAAAUCAUGGAUGAAGGCGCGCUUUCCCUGGCAAUCCAAUUGGGCAAUGUACAAAUUGCAGAGCUCUUACUCGACCAUGGGGCUGACAUGAACUGCAUAAGCAGCCGUGGAGAGACAGCUUUGGCCGAGGCUGCCAUGGUAUCCGCCGACAUGUUUCGCAUGUUGCUUGAUCGAGGAGCUGAUCCGACGAAAACUGCAAUUCGUGCUGAUGGCACUUUCAAUCCAUCUUCUGGCGAAAACGCUAUUACCAGAGCAUUGUACUUCGGUGCAGUGGAUGUGGUAGAAAUAUUGAUGGAGAGAGGCGUUGCCUUGGAAAUGCCUCCGUUACCCAAGCAGCAACAGAGGCCCAGGAACCACCAGGGUCCUAGCUUCCUAACGAUUCCCAAGAAAUUGAUAGAAGAAGCAUUUUUGGGAGGAGAAGAGAUGGCAGAGCUGGUCUUGGAUCGGGGACUGUUGAAAAUCGAUCCUGAGAGUAGCGAGGCACAAGAAGGAUUAGUGCACGCUGUCCAAUUUGGGAUGACUGGAGUGGUCAAGCGACUACUUGAGCGAGGCGUCGAUCCCAAAGUACCUUCGCUCUACACUCCGCUAUGUUUGUUGGUCGCUGCAACAUAUUCCCCUCGCACUGACGGUAGCAGUAAUGCUACAGCCAUUCUUGAUCUGCUCCUAGCCCAUGGUGCUGACAUCGAGGAACGGUGUUAUCCUGGCAUGACUCCCUUGUACAGGAUAGUCAUGCAUGUCGAUGCCAAAAAGGAGUGGGUUUGCGAUCAAGCAGAGGUACGACUCUUGUUGGAGAGAGGCGCAGAUCCUUUCGCCAAGCAUGACCACUGGGGUGUGCUCGUGACAGAGACAAGUGAUGCUCACACUCAUUCUGAUUCGCCAUUCAUGAAUAGACGGUCAAUCCCUAGUUCUAAUAUCGGGCCUGAGGAUGACGGUCCUCCCAGCAGAAUGGUUAAAUUUGUGCGGCAGCGCAUGAGUCUGACAGGUCAUGACGGACACGAUGAUCCAUUCCUAGCAUGUGUGAGACUGGGCGAUAAAGCAGUGCUCAACCUCAUGCUUGAUGCAAUUGAUCGGAAAGAAAUCCCCUUGAGGGAGUUGAAGAAUAAACUUGACCGGGCCCGGAUUGAAGCGACUGAGAAUGGAAACCUGCACCUUCUACCCAUUCUAGAGGAUUAUUACUGGGCAAAACGAUAUCCGCACAAGUAA